AUGCGGGCCAGUCUAACGCGGGCACAUGCUGCUUCCUCGCUCCUUCUCCAUCCUCCCCCUCAUCCCACUAGCUCGCUCUUCCUGCUGCCCUUCUGCCUUAUACCUCUAUCUAGUUGGCUCUUUCUUGCCACCACUACUCGUGGCCUGUCGUUCCUGCCCCAUCUUGAUUCCUCUUUCCUUUCUGGUCAUUCUUCCAUCUCCUUACCCCCCUCUCCUCCUCCCCUGUCUAGCUUGGGAGCCGGGGUCCAACCGCGGAGGUGGUAUCUUAUCAACUAUUUUCCCCUCUUUCACAACGUGCCUUUCCGAGGCUGUGUACCCUUCUGGGCUGGAUAG